AUGGGGCGCUCGGACCCCGUCUCCCUGGAGCAGCUGGUACACCAGGCUGUGAUGAAGAAAGAUUUCCUGGGUCAGGAGAGCUUCUUUGCAGUCGGCACAACCUCCAUCCCCACCCUGGGUGCUCCCGUGGCGUUAACCGACGACCUGGCUCCGGCAGGGGUCAGCGAGACCUCCGGGGUCCUCACCACAGCCGUCGGUGGGGCUUUCUCCCUGCCGCCACCUCUCAGUACCCUGACCCCUCCAUCACCGGCGCCCACAGGAGGCCCGGGGCCCUCUGCCGAGGGGGAGGAAGAGACGACCACCACCCUGAUCACUACCACCACUGUCACCACAGUACUCACAGCCCCGUUCUGUGUAACAACAAUAUUUCGGAGCUGGAGGGUAUUUUGGAGGCUCCGGAAUACUCUGGUGGAAGUUUCUUCGGUGGUCUGGACUGUACAUACAGCGUGUCCGUGUACCUGGGCUAUGGAGUGGAGAUUCGGGUGGAGAAGCUGAACUUGUCCAAAGAGGAGGCUCUGAUCGUUGAGGGCGUGGAAGAAGACCACCGCUUCCUGCUAGCCAAUGAGACCCUGAUGGCUGAGGGUCAGGUGAUCCGUAGUCCAACCAAUCACAUUGCAGUUCGCUUUCAAACCUAUCGUGCCACCAGCCCGGGAGCCUUCAAACUGCGCUACCAAGCCUACGUCUUGAGUUGUGUCUUCCCCCCGCGACCGGAAAAUGGAGAAGUCACCGUUACGGACCUCCACCCUGGAGGAACCGCCAACUUUCACUGUGCCCCCCCGGGUUCACGCUGAAGGGUGUAGACUCCCUGGUCUGUCUGAACAUUACCCGUCCACAGUGGAGUGGCAAACCGCCAGUAUGUGCAGCAACUUGCGGAGGUGUGAUACGUAACGCCACCAUCGGACGCAUUGUGGCCCCCGAUGUCACCGCCAUCCACAGCAACAACCUGA